AUGACCACCUACCCACAGCACGAUGUCUACGUGGAAGACGAGGACGGUGCAUUAUCCGAAAUGCCGUUCAAUGUUGCCCACGCCCUGGUGCGCCUGGGCUGGCAUACCGCCUGGUCGGCUGCACUUCGAGCGGAGGAGGCGGCUUUCCAGGAAGCCGGUGAGGAAUUUGCAAAGCGCAAGCAGGAUCACAAGAAGCUGGCCAAAGAGUCCAGGGAGGCUUGGCAAGCGUUGGCUUUGCCUUGGGCCAGCGGACCGCGUGGCGGCCGGGAGGGCGGCGAGUUUGUGUCACAGGUGCAAAACCUGGCGAAAUCUGCAGCAGACCACUGCGUGGCCAUGAGGAUCUACAAAGAAGACUCAGCCAAAAACACAGCCAAGCUACACGAGCCCGCCAAGGAGGCGUAUUCUCAGUUUGAGACGGCCAGUCGUGUACUGGAAGAAAUGCACGCCGUGCUGGCCCAUGCCUUGUACAAGCGCAUCGUCGAGUUGCUUUGGGCUGUCAGCUGGCAUGUUGCCAACACGGUGGCUGCCAAGCGGGAAGAGCAGGAGGAGGAAGAGGAAGAGAAGGAGGAGGAUGCAGAGGAGGACGAGGAGGAAGGAGAGGAUGAAGAGGACGAAGAGGAAGACGAGGAAGACGAG